AUGGAGGGCUUGAGAGAUGCCGCUCAGAUGGACUUAAGCACAGAAGAUGCCGAGAAUCUCCUGAAUGACAGUGACUUGUCCGAGGAUAUGAAUGGCGUUGCAAAUGACCUAUUGACUGUUCGCGAAAAACGGUCUCUAACUUUGGAUAGCUAUAUGUGCUACCGAACCAAUAACGGUAUAUUAUUCGCCAAGACGCAUUUAAAACGUUGGACAUUUCAAAUUGUGGCAAACGGCACAGUGGCCGUGGAUACGUUCUUCCUUAUGUCUUUCACUCCAAUUUAUCUGGCUGUCAUUGUUCUCUACACGGGAUUCUUUAUGCACCUCUGGGAUGGUCCGUUCUAUCCUCAACGUGCAGAACUGAGCGAUAUUCAAUACUGUCAAACACACUGGUGGACGAUGUACGUGAAUAAUCUGGUCUAUACGGAUGAAAUGCUCAAAAUCAGUGUUUAUGGAGUUACAAAAGCAAUUAAAUUGCUCAGUUCAGAAAUGCUGAAUGGAUUUCCCUACAUACUUCCGAAAUUCUUCAAAAUUGGUUAG